AUGGCUGCUACACUGCUGCUUCAUUUACUACAUGGACCGACUUUGCCGACAAAGCUGGCGAUUGAGAGAUCAAACUUCCAGGGGAAAGUAGGAAUUAACAAGAGAAAAAGAGGCCAAAGGGAGUCAGACAAUGAAAUCGCGAUACUCUACACGAUGGUUUUCAACUAUAAAAGAAAGUCGGAACGAGGAAGCACCUGGACAGAAACAUCCAUGGAACAUGCAUUGCAAGCAGUGCGUAACGGGGAGUCGAUAAGAAAAGCGUCUUUAAUAUAUAACAUUCCAUUCUCAACGCUCCUUAAGCAUGUGAAGUCUAAUAAAACUACUAAAUCUCUGGGCAGAUUUAAGACGGUUUUCACUCCAGAAGAAGAACAAGAAUUUGUUACCCAUAUCAAAGAGCUUGAUAGCCGUUUUUAUGGGCUUACGCGACGAGAUCUUUGUGUGUUAGCAUAUCAAUACGCCGAAGCGAACCACAUUAUUCAUUGUUUUAAAAAUAAUGCAGCGGGUCAGCAAUGGUAUCAAAAUUUUAUGAAGAGACAUCCUGAGUUAAGCUUACGGACACCUGAGCCGACCAGUGUUGCACGAGCCAGUGGCUUUAAUCGCCCACAAGUGGAGAGGUUUUUCGAAAAUUUGAGGGACGUCAUCGAGAAAAACAAUAUUUUGCCUGAAAAUAUGUACAAUGUAGAUGAGACAGGGAUCCAAACCUCUACAAAUAGGCCUCCUAAGGUUAUUUCCCUGAAAGGCAAAAAGGGAGUUGGAGCUAUAUCUUCCUCCGAGCGAGGCACACUAGUAACGGCACUGUUUUGUUGUUCCGCUGCUGGGGCAUAUAUUCCUCCUACACUAGUUUUCUCAAGGAAAAAGAAAAAUCCAAGGUACAUGGAAGGAACUCCACCAGGCUCUUCUCAGUUAGUAACUGAUUCUGGAUGGAUAAGUUCCGAAGCUUUCCUGGAGUGGAUGAAGUUUUUUGUAAGCAACGUUAGACCAAAUGAAGACCAUAAAUGUCUAUUAAUCUUAGACAAUCAUGCUUCUCAUAGGUCUAUUGAUGUCCUUGAUUAUGCCUCUCAGAAUAAUGUCAUCAUUUUGUCGGUUCCACCCCACACGACACACAAGCUCCAGCCGCUAGAUGUGUCCGUUUAUGGCCCUUUCGGAACUUAUUUCCAAAAUGAAAUUGACAAGUGGCAAAAAGCGCAUCCUGCACAACGCGUUACGUUGUUUGAUGUAGGCAAAAUUUUUAAUAAUGCCUACCUUAAAGCUGCAACACCAACAAACGCUAUAAAAGGUUUCGAAAAAACUGGCAUUGCAAGAUGUGAUUUAGAUGUUUUUUCCGAAGUGGACUUCCUUCCAGCAGAUGUAACUAACAUUGAAGAACCAGAGGUCCGUAUUAACCAUAAUCCUCAAGAUAUGGAUGUUAUUGAAAUUGGACCGCCCAAUACAUCUGUCCAUAAUGAUAUCGCAAAACCUGAACCUUCUGGUCUCAAUAAUAGUACGACCUUAAAACAAGCUAGUGACGCUCCAAAAGGAAAUAAUCGCAUUAAAAUUAUUGAUAUUCAUAUUAUACCUAAAUGUGAUAAACGAAAAGAACCCAAAACAAAAAGGAAUCAACAGAAAUCAGAGAUUUUGACUUCUACGCCAAUUAAAGAAGAAAUUAGAGAAAAAAGUAAGAGCAAAGAAUGUGUCAAAAGCGUUAGAAGGAAGAUCCAACAAGAGACAGAUUCCAGCAAACUGAAAAUACCUCGUCCACCUUCACCACCGAAAACCACUCCAGAUGAAGAAGAAACUCCAUGUUUGAUAUGUGACGAUUCCUUUGAAAACUCCAUUCAAGGCGAACACUGGAUACAGUGCAAUUUCUGUGAGAAGUGGGCACAUCAGAAAUGCACAAGCUACAAGACUGGAAUUUAUAUUUGUCAAGAUUGUCAAAAUCAGGUCAAAGAUCAGAGAACAUAA